AUGAUGGAAUAUCUACGAGCAGGAUUUAUCAGUAAGGUUGAGUCACCGGAUCAACCAAUAAAAGGAAUUACGUUUUAUUUGCCCCAUCGUCCAGUCGUACGUAACGAAUCGGUUUCUACAAAAAUAAGACCAGUUUUUGACGCUUCUGCUCGAGCCGACAGCGGUUUGUCCUUGAACGACUGUCUAGAGACCGGCGAAAAUUUAAAUCCAGAAUUAUUAGCGAUUUUGUUACGAUUUCGCUGGAGUCGUGUGGCUUGGGUGGGAGAUAUUGAGAAGGCCUUCCUUCAAGUGGAAGUCAACCCGGAAGAUCGCGAUGCCCUCCGGUUCUUAUGGAUAGAUGAAUUAUCAACAAAGGAAAUGAAACCCGUUAUGUUCCGAUGGAACCGAGUUACCUUUGGUCUCUCUCCCAGCCCCUUCUUACUUCGCAUCGUCAUCCGAAAACAUCUGAGUACUUCCAGAGAUAUGGAUCCAUCUCUGGCUCGCUAUAUAGAAGAACGGCUCUACAUGGACGAUCUCCUGGCUGGAUCGGACUCUACAGAAGAAGCGACGAGGAUCAUAAAACGAAUUAUUAAAGCCUUUAAUGGUGCCUGCAUGAAACUGACUAAAUGGGUCACAAAUGAUCCAGCUGUAACUAGUACUCUGCUCCAAGCCGGAAGGACGCCCAUUGAUAACGAACUGUCGCGUCCCAUCGGCUGUGAAGAAAAAUCGAAAGUGUUGGGAGUCAUUUGGCGUCCGAGUGAAGAUUGCUGGACCUUUGAUGCGAUAAAAAUCGCUGAGCUUGUAGCCGAUAUACCCGUUCGCGCAACCAAAAGACAAAUGUUAAGUAUUUCCGCCCGAUUAUUUGAUCCGCUGGGCCUUACGUCCCCUGUUCUUCUACUAAUAAAAUUGCAAUUCCAGAGACUCUGGGAAAGUGGGACUCGUUGGGAUUCCCCUAUUCCAGAAAAUAUCCAUCAAGAUUGGUCAGCAUUGGUAGCUGGAUUACCGGCAUUAGCGCAAUUAAGAGUUCCCCGUUGGUACUUUCUGGAAUUUAAUCCUUCCUCUAAAAUUGAACUUCAUGCAUUUUGUGAUGCAUCCGAAAAGGCGUAUGGAGCGGUGGUUUAUUCUCGAAGCAAGUUCAACGAUUCGUUCUAUACUAAUUUAGUGGUCAGCAAAACGCGUGUAGCCCCAACUAAGAAGAUUUCUCUACCAAGACUUGAAUUGAUGGGAGCCUUAUUGGUUAGUCGCCUGGUGAAUUACGUAAUCGAAGCUCUUUCUCUUCCUCAAGCUACUCAAAACCUUUGGUGCGACUCAACUGUAACUCUGGGCUGGAUCAAAGGGAACAUCAACAGAUGGAAACCCUUUGUACGAAAUCGUGUUGAAGAAAUAAGGAAGUAUACCCAGCCAGAUCAGUGGCAUUACUGCCCGGGAGAAGAAAAUCCUGCUGACCUUGCCUCCAGAGGGUGUUCGGCAACUGAGCUACUAGCCUGCAAGAAAUGGAUUGACGGACCCGAAUGGCUACGGAAGCCUGUCGAAGAGUGGCCUAAUUAUCUGCCUCCUCAAUUGUCCGAAUCCGCUAAACAGUCGAUCAGCCAUGAAGAAAGAAAAGGAGUCAUUACCACCACCACCUCAGUCUCCGUGAAACCCGAGUUGUUUUCACUCAAGAAAUAUAGUUCCUUUCUACGCGUGAUAAGGAUCACCGCCUGGAUUUUCAGAUACCUGCGCAACAGGAAGAAGGGGGAGUGCGCAAAGAGCGAUCCUGCGGGGAAUGAGGCAAAGGAGUCGGUUAGAGUAAACAAGGAUAAGGUUAUUCAACUAGACUGCCUCACGGCCCAAGAACUUGAAAAAGCUGAGCUAUUUUGGAUCAGAAGCGCUCAAAUGUCGGCCUACCCGAACGAUUUCAAUACUCUCCGUCAAAGGAAAGAGAUCUCUAAGUCAUCCCCUGUUCGAACUCUACGUCCUCUCUUCGACCAUGCUAAUGGUAUUAUGCGAGUAACCAGUCGCCUUGUAGAUAGGUACGAGUUUGAAGAACAAGCACCACCAAUCCUUCUACCCGUCGUCGACAAUUGUCCAGCCGAUCGGAUUGUGCGAUUGUUAAUUUGGAAGACCCAUGUGGAAUGUUUACAUGGAGGAGUUAGCCUGCUACUUGAUAAACUACGGCAAGACUACUGGUUAAUCAAAGGUAGGCAGCAAAUAAAAAAGGUCAUCGGAAAUUGUGGAAGGUGUCGCCGAUUCCAUGCGCGCCCAUUUUCUCAACCAAUGGGAAAUCUUCCCAUUCAACGGCUGGUCGAGUCUACCCCCUUCCUAACAACCGGAGUUGACCUUAUGGGUCCCAUUUAUGUGCGUCCUUUCAGCAAGAAUAAAGAAACGACUAAAGUGUACGUGUGCCUAUUUGUAUGCGCGGUGACUCGAGCUGUGCAGUUAGAGCUAGUUAGCUCUUUAUCCACGGAUACGUUCCUUCUCGCAUUAGAGCGACUAAUUGCCAGCAGGCAAGAAGUCCGCAUGCUAAUGUCUGAUCAUGGAACAAAUUUCGCUAAGACCGCCCGCCUUCUAAACAAUCUAAGGAGCUGUCCUCGGCUGGCCGCAUUCCUCGCGAAUAAACGUAUGGAAUGGCGAUUUAUUCCCACUGAGGCUCCAUGGUGGGGAGGGUAUUGGGAACGGUUGGUUCGUGUAGUGAAAGACACGCUCAAAAAAAGCCUCGGGUUCCAGUGCCUAAAUUUUGAAGAAAUGUGGACUCAUGUGAAAUCGAUCGAAGCCAUGGUCAAUUCCCGGCCACUAGCGCGAGAUACGGACUCACCGACUGAUUUACCCGUCUGCAUUUCACCUAACGAUCUAAUCAUCGGACGAAGCUCAUCUGCUCUUCCAGGAACCGGGAUAUCGCCAGAUUUUUCAGCCAUUGAAGGGGCGGAGCAGCUAACAAAAAGAUUGCGACACCAAAAACUAAUUUUCGAUCGCGGCUGGAGAUGCUGGACGACCGGCUAUUUGAAGGACUUAAAUAAUUUUACUCAGCGGGAUCGAUCGGGCUUUCCCUAUCCUAUCCGAAUUGGGAAGAUAGUGAUGAUUAGGGACGAUAAUCUGCCACGACUUCGUUGGAAAGUAGGCGUUGUCACCCACCUCCAUCCUGGACGAGACGGCCGCAUCCGGUCUGUCACAUUACGACGCUCAACGGGCCGUUGCUCGGAUUACGCUAUCCAGUCACUCUAUCCCCUAGAAACUGAAGCAUCCCGCAAAGCAUCAGAAACCGCCGACGCCGAUCAUCCACCACGAGAACGUCUCGAAUUAGCUGCCAGAAGGUAA